AGAAAGAGAGAGACGAUUGCAGAGAGAGAGAGAGAGCUUACUGGAGCUUCUUCCAUGGCGGGAGAUUUGCUGUAAUGGAUGUGUGUAUUCCCCCUCUUUCUCUCUUUACAGAAAUCAUUUCCCACUAACCCAACUUGCAGGCAUCCAAACGACCUCGCUUCGACAUCGAUCUCCACCGUGGCAUUCGUCUCUUUUCUAAAAGAAAUUCAAAACAUGAUUCGAUGGAGAACAUUCUCGAGAAUGUACAGUUCGAAUUCAAACUUGGAAGAGAUUCCCAAUUCCAUGCAGAGAAUUUGCAAGAUCAUGAUGUCUUCCCCCAAAUUAGGUCUAGAGCAUUCCCUUGACGAGAGCGGUAUCCGAGUUUCCCCAGACUUAGCUGAGGAAAUCCUCAAGCGGUUUGAGAAUGCUGGUAUGCUGGCCCACCGCUUCUUUGGGUGGGCUGGCAAGCAGCGGAGCUAUUCCCAUACCGUCCGAUCGUACCACAUCAUGAUUGCGUCUUUGGCCAAGAUCCGGCAGUACAAGAUCAUGUGGGACCUCAUCAACGCCAUGCGUGUGGAAGGGAUUUUGAAUGUCGAGACGUUCUGUGUAAUCAUGCGCAAGUAUGCAAGUGCGCAGAAGGCAGACGAGGCAGUCUACACCUUCAACGUCAUGGAUCGGUUCGGCGUGGCUCCGAACCUGGCUGCAUUCAAUGGACUGCUGAGUGCUCUCUGCAAGGCGAAGAAUGUUCGCAAGGCACAGGAGAUUUUUGACGGGUUGAAGGAUCGGUUCGUGCCUGAUUCGAAGACUUAUAGUAUCUUGCUGGAGGGAUGGGGGAAGGAGCCGAAUCUUCCCAAGGUGAGGGAGGUGUCCCAAGAGAUGGUUGAUAAGGGCUGCAAUCCUGAUAUCGUCACGUAUGGGAUCAUGGUCAAUGCUCUUUGCAAAGCAGGCCGGGUCGAGGAAGCAGUCAGUGUUGUUAGGGAGAUGGAUUCCAAGGGUUUUAGGCCGACAUCUUUUAUUUAUAGCGUUUUGAUCCAUACAUAUGGGUCCGAGAAGCGGAUUUCGGAUGCAGUUGAUACGUUCUUGGAGAUGGAAAGGAAUGGGAUUAAGGCAGACGUGGCUGUGUACAAUGCACUAAUAAGUGCAUUUUGCAGGGUGGAGAGGUUCAAGAACAUUUAUCGGGUUUUGGAAGAGAUGGACCAUAAGGGCGUCCAGCCCAAUUCGAGGACCUGCAAUAUCAUUUUGAGUGGUUUGAUUGGCACUGGGGAGAAUGUUGAGGCCUUCCGGGUUUUCCGCCGGAUGAUCAAAUGCUGUGAGCCUGAUUCAGACACCUACACGAUGAUGAUAAAGAUGUUCUGUGAGAGUGAUAAGAUGGAGAUGGCUUUGAAAGUUUGGAAGUAUAUGGGGAUGAAGCAGUUUGUUCCGAGCAUGCACACCCUUUCAGUGCUUAUAAAUGGAUUGUGUGAGAAGGGAGAGGUUAGCAAGGCUUGUGUGUUUAUGGAAGAGAUGAUAGAUAAGGGCAUUCGACCACCAGGCACUACUUUCGGGAGGUUGAGGCAGUUGCUAUUGAAGGAAGGCAGGAAAGAUGUGCUAGAUUUUCUUUUGGAGAAAAUGAAUCUUUUAGUUAAGGAACCUUUAUGCGAUUGACUACACCCAUUGAGAUAUUGUGAAAGGUGCUUGCUUCAAAAUUGGUUUCCCUAUCAUUGCAGCAGCCUUAAUUUCAGACUCUGGCAGAAGAAAAUUGCAAGAAGUUUACUAACCAAAGGGAUCGCUGUAUUGGGUCUCAACAAGAUGCUCUUUGAUCACAUGAAACUGUUCAGUUGCUUGAUACAAGAGGUUGAUGGUUAUAUGAAUCCGCAGUAUUGGGGCUGUCAAGUUGAAACCUUUGGCCCCAUUGAGCUUAUGCAGAUUUAGGACAAGAAGCUGCAAUUGUAUAUCCCUUCCUCCUUUGUUACAUGCUGAAACAUUAUAACUAAUGGCAAGUUCUGUCAUCCCUUGGUAGGGUGCUCUGCUGAAAAGAACCUGCUUGUGUGUUUGCUUCUUCUUCUUCUUCUUUUUUGAAAUGUUUGUUUGUAGUGACUGUAUAUGCUUGCUCGCCUGUUGGGGCAUGCAUGUGAUAAUUUGCCUGGGGGCAGUAGUGGGAGGGAGUGUUGGUACGUGAAUGGUGUGCAAUGGCUGGUUCCGAAAGCCUGGAUAUGAAAAGAAGGAUGAUGUCUGGUGGGCAGCUAAUCGCAAAACAAUUUUCAAUUCACCAUUUGAAAGCCAACCCCAAGCUGUUGAGAGACGCUAAGAUGAUGAUGAUGUGAAUUUGAAGUGAGGGUGGGACUCCAUCUUCUGUCUAUGUUUCUUCAUGGAUCGAUGAUGUGGAGCAGUUCCUGCUGGAGGACAAUGACGAAAUUGCCGAGAAUCACGAUUUCUGUAAUGAUUUCUUCUCCGACAUUCUUCUCGAUGCUCUGUCCGAUGCCUUAUAUGAUGAUGCCGUGGCUUUGAAUGUAGGGAUUCUAGGUCGAGAAGGAAAUUCCACUGAUGAGGAGAAGGAGAAGAGCAACUUUUAUGAAGAGAAGAUCGCGGGAGAAAGUGAUCAGAUGACCAAGAAACAGAAAAGGUACCAGUAGUUAGGGUGUAUCUUCUGGUUCCGUAAAAUCUGGUUUUUUGAGUCAUCUGAGAAUCUCCUCAGGUGCAUAGUUUGCUUGUAAAUAUCAGGGAUUUAGGGUUUGAUUUUCUUGUGGAUAUGUAAAGAAAAUGCCAUUGAGGAACAAGAAUAGUGAUUUUCAUGGAAGAUUGUCAAAUAUAUAUCCAUAAAUUUGUUUUUUUA